UGUUACGUAGACCUACGCUUCAACAAUCUCUAAAAACUAACCAUGGUUUAUCAAGUCUUUUAUCUAGAGGCUAUGCUUCUAGCGCAGCUCAAAAGGAGUAUUUGAAUAAACAUUUGUCGGAAAUUGACCCAGAAGUUUUCGACAUCAUAGAAAAAGAAAAAAAGCGACAACGCGAGAGUAUAGUACUUAUUCCAUCAGAGAAUUUCACGUCACGCGCGGUUAUAGAAGCUUUAGGCUCUAUUAUGCAAAAUAAGUAUUCGGAAGGAUAUCCGGGUGCAAGAUAUUAUGGUGGAAAUGAAUUCAUUGAUCAGGCAGAAAUUCUGUGUCAGAAGCGAGCUUUAGAAGCUUUUAAUUUGAAAGAUUCUGAAUGGGGUGUAAAUGUUCAGCCUCUAUCAGGAUCACCGGCCAAUUUAUAUGUGUACAAUGCUAUAUUAAAGCCUCAUGAACGGUUGAUGGGAUUGGAUUUACCACAUGGUGGACACUUAUCACAUGGAUAUCAAACAGAUACUAAGAAAAUUUCAGCAGUUUCAUCCUACUUUGAGACUUUACCAUAUCGGUUAAAUGAAAAAACGGGGAUAAUAGAUUAUGAUGCCCUCGAAGCUUCGGCGGUAUUAUAUCGACCAAAGGUUAUUAUUGCUGGUGCUAGCGCAUACCCAAGAAAUUAUGAUUAUGCACGAAUGAAGCAAAUUACAGAAAAAGUGAAUGCAUAUUUAAUUGCAGAUAUAGCUCAUAUUAGCGGUUUAAUUUCUGCUGGGGUUCUUCCUUCGCCAUUUGAAUUCGCCGAUAUCGUCACAACUACAACGCAUAAGUCUCUUAGAGGUCCACGUGGAGCAUUAAUAUUUUACAGGAAAGGUGUACGUAAGGUUGAUAAGAAAGGAAAAGAAAUCUUGUAUGAUCUUGAAAAUCCUAUCAACCAAUCUGUAUUUCCCGGACAUCAGGGUGGGCCACAUAAUCACACUAUCACUGCACUCGCCGUAGCACUCAAGCAAGCUAAAUCUCCAAUUUUCAAAGAAUACCAACAGCAAGUAUUAAAGAAUAGUCUUUCAUUCGCCGAAGCAUUUAAGAAAAUGGGAUAUAAUUUAGUUUCGGGUGGUACAGAUACACAUCUGUUGUUAGUGGAUUUAAAGUCAAAAAAUAUCGAUGGCGCGCGUGUGGAACGAGUCCUUGAAUUGGCAAAUAUUGCGGCUAAUAAGAAUACAGUUCCUGGUGAUAAGAGUGCCUUUAUACCAGGAGGAUUACGUGUUGGUACACCAGCCAUGACAACACGUGGUCUUAAUGAAUCUGAUUUUGAAAAAAUUGCAGAAUUCAUUGAUCGUGGUGUCAAAUUAACUGUUGAUAUAAAAAAGAAAGUUACGGGGACCAAACUCCUAGAUUUUAAAGAGCAUUUGGGUGAUCAUGGUUCCAGUGAACCACUUAUUAAAGAUUUAAAGGAUGAAGUAAUAAAUUUUGCAAAAAAAUUUCCUACUAUUGGUUUUGAUGAAAGUGAAAUGAAAUAUGCAUAAAUAAUAUCGAAGCAGUCUGUAAAAUCUAUAUUAAACCUGAUCUUUGUGCAUAUUACAAUGUAGUUUAUAUUGUAAAUUUUUAUAUUAUAAAAUUAAGUCAACAACAAAGUUCGAAUUUAGUAAAUUUAGUGAUUUAAAUGGUUUAUUCGUACAUAAUAAAUUGUACA